AUGAAUAUUCUAAGCUGGAAUUGCCGGGAGCUUGGGAACCCACGGGCUUUUCAAUUCAUUUCGGAUCUUGUUAUCCAGAAGCGGCCCAAUAUUGUCUUUCUUUGUGAAACUUUAUGUCGGAAGAAUUUGGUGGAAAAGCUUAGAGUCACUAUCGGGUUUGAGGGUAUGAUAGCUAGUGAUGCUCGCGGUCAUAGUGGUGGUGUUGCGGUGUUGUGGCGGUUUAGUGAUGAAGUUGUUUUGUUGGGUUACUCUUUGAAUUAUAUUGAUUUAAAGAUUACCACGGCUAGAGAAGCUCCUUGGAGGUUUACGGGGUUUUAUGGUGAGCCUAAUCGUUCGUUUCGUGCUAGAACUUGGGAUCAAAUUCGUGCUUUAAAGUCUGACUCUCAUUUACCAUGGUGCAUCAUCGGUGACUUGAAUAAUGUAACGUCCCAAGCGGAUAAAAAAGGUGGGCAGCCGUAUCCACAAUGGUUACUUGAUGGAUUUUGUAAAGUGUUGGAGGACUGUAAUCUUAAUGACUUGGAGCUCUCGGGUUAUCCAUUCACUUGGGAAAGGGGUCGUGGGUCUAAUAAUUGGAUUGAGGUUCGCCUUGAUCGUGUUCUAGCUUCCCAUGAUUGGUCUCAACGUUUUAUCUCAGCCCAACUUUUUAAUCUUGAAGUGUCAAUCUCGGACCACUGUCCUAUUCUUCUCCGUACUGCUGCGAUCAAUCUCCACCAUUCGAAUGCUCAGUUUCGAUUUGAAAAUGCAUGGCUCCACUAUACGGGCAACUUUAAGAAGAGGAUUGCUAAUUGUAAAAAGGAGAUCCGAAGGCUCAAAUGGUGCUCUGACGAGGACUCUGUUGCUCAAUAUAAACAGUCUGUUGCGGCUCUUGGUGAAGUGUAUACUCAGCGUGAAGUCGUUUGGCGUCAGCGGUCUAAACAACUUUGGCUUCGCGAGGGUGAUCAAAAUAGCAAAUUCUUCCAUGCAAAGGCAACUGCUCGUAAGAAAAACAACUCCAUUAGCUUUCUUUUAAAUAAUUCAGGCGUGUGGGUUGAUUGGGAAGGGGGUCUUUCAGAUGUUAUUGUUGAUUAUUUCUCUGAUAUAUUUACUUCCACUAGCUCUAAUUUUAAUCAUGUGGUAAGUGGUAUUCGGCCGACUAUUACUAAUGCUCAGAAUGACUCUUUGUUACAACAAGUUACACCUGAGGAGAUUAGAAAAGCUUUGUUCCAAAUGCACCCUGAUAAGUCGCCUGGACCCGAUGGAAUGACACCUGGGUUUUAUCAAAAGUAUUGGGAUGUUGUUGGUGUGGAUGUUAUAUCUCAAGUUGUUGACUUCUUUGAGACUUGUUCUUUUCCUGCCGACUUGAAUCAAACCAACAUUGUUCUCAUUCCUAAGAAAAAACAUGUUACCACUAUGAGUGAUUUAAGGCCUAUCUCGUUGUGUAAUGUGGCUUACAAAGUUGUGUCUAAAGUGCUCGUGAAUCGGCUCAAGACUGUCUUGCCUUGUGUUAUUUCUGAAAAUCAAUCUGCUUUCAUAGCGGGGCGUCUUAUCUUUGACAACAUUAUGAUUGCUUUUGAGGUUAUGCAUUACCUUAAACGUAAGCGUAAAGAAAAAACGGGAUUUAUGGCACUAAAGUUGGAUUUAAGCAAAGCUUAUGAUCGCAUCGAAUGGGGUUUUUUGAAAGCUAUGAUGCUUCGUAUGGGUUUCCACCCUCGGUGGGUUGAUCUUAUGAUGGCAACAGUGAUGAAUGUGGAGUAUACGGUUGUCCAUGGUGGUUGGAGUAUGGGCCCUAUUACUCCGAGUCGCGGUAUUAGACAAGGUGACCCUUUGUCACCUUACCUAUUCCUUCUUUGUGCUGAAGGUUUUUCUUCUUUGAUCAAGCAAUUCGAAAGAAAUGGCGAAUUGAAGGGCUGUAAAGUAUCAAAUGGAGCUCCAACUAUCUCACAUAUGCUAUUCGCUGACGAUAGCUACAUUUACUGUCGUGCUACUGAUGAAGAGGCUCAAAAUGUCCUUCGUUUGCUUAACCUGUUUGAAGCUGCUUCGGGUCAAAGGGUAAACUAUGCGAAAUCUUCUAUCUUUUUUAGUGCUAAUACUCCGAUGGAUUUGCGAGACAGAUUGUGCAACCGGUUGGGAAUGGUAGCUGCUGAUGAAAAUAGCUUCUAUCUUAGUCUUCCUUGUAUUAUGGGUCGGAAGAAGACAGCUAUUCUUGGCUUUCUAAAGGAAAAGAUGGAAAAGAGAAUUCUUAGUUGGGAAGGCAAGUUCCUCUCUAAAGCUGGUCGCGAAGUUUUGCUGAAGACGGUAGCCCAAGCACUCCCAAGUUACGCUAUGUCAGUAUUUCUUAUUCCACUUGAAACAUGUGGAGCACUUGAGAAGCUCAUGGCUAAGUAUUGGUGGGGUAAUUCCAAAAAAGCUAGAGGUAUAAGCUGGAUGAGUUGGGAUCGCUUAAGCAAACACAAAAGUUCAGGAGGGAUUGGUUUUAGGAAUUUACAUGACUAUAACUUAUCUCUUUUGGGCAAACAAGCUUGGAGAUUAUUAACUAAUGAGCAGUCCCUUGUUGGCCGAAUUUAUAAGAGUAGAUAUUUCCCUCAUGGUUCUUUCCUUACUGCUGAGAUUGGCAACAAUCCUAGCUUCAUGUGGAGGAGUAUCUAUGAAACACAAUCGAUUGUUGCAGUUGGAGCACGGAUACGCAUUGGCGCUGGUUUCACUGUGCCUAUUUUGCAUACUCCUUGGCUACCUGAUCCGACUAAUCCGUGUGUAUUAAGCACACAUCCUGGCCUUGUGGGGACUUCGGUCAAUCAACUCAUGACUAUUGAGAGGGAUCAAUGGGAUGUGGAAGUACUUGAUGAUCUAUUUCAGCAACGAGAUCGUGAUCUUAUUAAGAAUAUUCCUAUCAAUGUUAAUGAAGUGGCUGAUGUAUGGUAUUGGCAACACGAGAAUUCUGGUUUUUACUCUGUUAAGAGUUGCUACCAAUGGCUGGAAGUUUUGAAAGGAAGAUGUUCAGUUUGGAAUUUGUCUUGUGUGCCUACUGGUGCUAUUGUGGCAUCAGAUUUUGGAACCUGGGUGGAGAAAAUUUUGAACAAUGGCCAGACCGUGGUGUUGGAAGAGGCUCUUAUGGUGUCUUGGGCUGUUUGGAAAGCAAAGAAUGAGUUGCUUUGGAAUAAAAAUGUUACUACAGCCGUGGAAGUGAUAAAUUCAGCAAGAACCGUGUUGAGCCAGUGGAAAGCAGCUGCUUCCAACAGGUUCUCUCCACUCCCUGCUGUCAUAAACGACACCAGCAAUCUCAGCACCAAUUGGACAUCACCUGCAGCUGGUUUUUUGAAGGUAAACAUUGAUGGUGCUCUAUUUUCUGCAUCUAAUUCUUUCGGCUUAGGGGGUCUCGCCCGUGAUGCUAAUGGCCAUCUCAUUGAAGCUUUUUGUUUGCACAAACCGGGAUGUGUUCAACCCAGUUUAGUGGAGGCAUUUGGUGUCAAAGAAGCUUUGAGUUGGAUAAAAACGAAAGGAUGGGAACAUGUUAUUUUGGAAACCGAUUCACUUGUGGUUGUUCAAGCUCUCCAAAGUAAUGUGGUCAUGCAAUCUUUGUUUGGAUCUACUAUUACAUAUUGUCGUAAUCUUUUAAAGUCUUUGCCUUUUGUUAAUGUUUGUUUUGUCAAACGAUCUGCUAACAACGCCGCUCAUUGCCUUGCUCGUGGCGCUUGUUUCUGGUCAGAUUGUAAUUUUGUUGGUAGCAAUGUUCCUGAUGUUAUCAACAAUGCUGUAAUGGCCGAUUUGGCUAUUCUUUCUUAA